CAGAACGUAAAACAUGUAUAGUGUAACGUACAAAUAUGUAGUAUACGUAUAACUGUAUAAUUUUAAGUUUUAGUUGUUGGAGUAGAGUAUAAGAGAACAGAAGAGAGUACGCUGAGAAAAUAAGAGACAGCUAGAGUGUACAUAAAGUUGUACAGUAGUAGGUUUAAGUUAGCAGUCACUGAUUACACCAGCCAAGUGAACGAGUAUUAAAUAAAAAAGGUGUAAUAAAUAUAUAUAAGUAUACUUAAAAGCAACUCUGGCUUCGGUUGACUGUAAAACAACAGCCGUGACUGAGCCAUGGCGAUGGCGGGCUUACAAGACGAGGACAAAGCAUUAUUUCCUGUGAGAAGUAUAUCCUCAAUUGUUCAAAUAUUUGAAAAACAAUUGUCAAACAACAAUAGUGAACCAGAUUUAACACUGCUGUCAAUACUUGUUGGUGCUGUGGAAAAUUCAUUAACCUGCAACCGUACUGUCGCGUCACCGGAAAAUACAAUUUACGAUGAACCAAAAUUACCAGCUCUUGAAUUUCAUAUCGCUGAAGCAUUAUACACUAAAUUUCAUGCGAUAAUAAAAGGCGCAAUUGAUUUAACACUUUAUGACAGUAAAUAUGCGACACGAGAACUUGUUAAACGUGUAUCAGAUGUUAUAUGGAACUCGUUGACAAGAAGUUAUUACAAGGAUCGUGCGCAUUUACAAAGUUUGUAUAGUUAUUUAACGGCUAACAAACUUGAUUGUUUUGGAGUUGCAUUUGCGGUUGUUGCUGGCUGUCAAGUGUUGGGAUUCAAAGAUGUACAUCUUGCUAUGUCAGAAGAUCAUGCGUGGGUUGUUUGUGGUGAGGAUGGCAGUGAAACUGUCGAGGUUACGUGGCACGGGAAAGGAAAUGAGGAUAAACGUGGACAGCCGGUAGAAGCAGGUGUCGCGUCACGCUCCUGGUUGUACGUCAAUGGGAAUGCUGUUGUUUGUACGCGAGCGAUGGAAGUCGCGACAAUAGUAUCAGCAAUAAAUCCAAGUUUGAGUGCGACUGCAGACGCUGCAGAGGUUGCAUUGCUGCAGCAAGAAUUACUAUGGCUACUUUAUGACUUAGGACAUUUAGCCAAGUACCCGAUGGCACUGGGAAACUUGGGCGAUUUAGAGGAAGCUGCUCCUACACCUGGUAGACCGCCGGCUAUUGUUCUCUUCCAGGAAGCCAUUAAGUCGGCGAGAAAAUACUAUGGUAAUGCUCAUGUUUAUCCGUACACGUACCAAGGGGGAUAUUUGUAUCGACAUGGACUACACGCAAAUGCUCUGGCAUCUUGGGCGGACGCUGCUGACGUCUUGCGAAAGUAUGACUAUUCACGUGAUGAUGGUGAAAUCUACAAAGAAUUAUUGGAAAUAGCUAAUGAAUUAAUACCUCAUACAGUAAGAGCUGAUGAACGUUUAUUGCGGCAGCCACGUUGUUUUGCGUAUUUACUGCGCUUUUAUGACGGCAUAUGUCAGUGGGAGGAAGGCGCAAAUACGCCGGUACUUCAUAUAGGCUGGGCAAGACCACUGGUAAAUACAAUAUCGAAAUUCGAUGCCAGUAUUCGGGCACAAGUUAUUAUUGAGUGCCACGAUGAGCCAGCGGCUUACGGCAAACACGAUGACGAUACUGGAUCUCGUCGCGAAACUAGUCCUGAUGAUGGAUUUUCAAAUAACAAUAAUAUAACAGCCAGCAAUAAUAAUAAUACUAUGAGUAAUAACAACAAUAAUAAUAAUAAUAAUAACAACAAUAAUAAUAAUAACAACAACAACAACAUCAAUAAUAAUAACAAUAAUUAUUAUAAAACUAAAGAACGCAGUAAUGUUGCGCGUGAUUUAAUAGCGAGGCUUGAAUCAAAAGUACCAUCAAACAACACGGCACCAAUGCACCCGGGUAUCCAGGCACUGACAGCAGCGUGCAGUGAAAAAAUAUUGAAUCGUGAUUAUUUAUUACAAGGUGAUGGUGAACCAUUUGUUGCGCCGCAAGAUAAUUCGCUACCACCUACACCCUCUACAUCACAAGAGAGUCUUGAUCCGGAAGUUGAAAUAGACUUGGAAAAUGAUAGUCCUAGGAUAAUAUUGUAUAGUGAAAAAAUGAAAGGACUUAAAGAUUUAUUGUUAGCUGAAAAAUUAAACACACAUGCUAUUUCAUUGCAAUUAACAGCACAGAGUCAAGUGCAAAUUGGUAAAAAGACCCGGGGUAAUGAUGAAAUUGGGUUGCAUCAACGUCCCAAGAGGACACGUCGCGAGUAAUAUCUUUAUUGCAUUAUUUAUUUUACAUUUUUUUUAUACAUUUAAAUUUAUUCGCCGUUCUUUUUAUAUAUCUCAAUUGAUAUAUAACUAUAAAUAUGUUUUUUUGUUGGAUCGUUUAGCCUACUCUUGCGCAAAACUUCCAGUCUCCCAUGAUGUUUAUUGUUAUAUAUAUAUAUAUAACAUUAAACAAUUAAACAAUUUAUCAUUUUUAUUUUUUUUUUUUUUGCCAACCAGUAUAAGAAGCAUUAGAUCUUAUAUUUUAUAUAUUAUCAGUUGAUUAGAUUUUCUCACUCGCUUAAAUCAAGUGAAAGAAAAAAAACUUUUAAUUCAUUUAGUAUAAGUACUAAGUACAUUAGAUGGUAUUAAAAGUAAGUAGAAGAGUACAAAUCUCCCUUGUAUCUUUUUUCUUUUGUUUACAUCGCGCGCUACUUGCCAUUUUUUCUUCUAAAAGAAAAGAGUUUUUAUCAAAAAAGAAUACAAGCAAAUAAUAGGAAAAAAAUAAGUAAAUAAAAAAAUUAUAAAUUGAUUAUAUAUUUAUAAUUCGCCUAAUGUUGACAAUUAAACGGUCAUGAUAUAUUUAAACAUAAAUAUGUAUACAUAAAAAUAUUUAUAUAUAUAUUUUUUUUAAAUCGGCAUUAUUUAAAAUAAUUAAUUUAACGGUUCGUCUAUGUCAUUUAUUGAUAUUAUUCAUAGACUCAAUUCCUACUUAUAUAUUAUUUAUAUUUCUAUUGAUUCGUCCAAUGUUAUUCGAUUAUAUAUUAACAAAUAUGAUAGUUGUUUACUGUAAAUUAUUGUCGUUGAUACGAGGUGUAGAGUCUUGAUAAAAAAAAGAUAAGAUUUUUUUAAAAUUCUAGUGAAAAAAAAAAUUAAACAUUCCGCUCCCUAUGUGCAAAUUAUUUAAAUUAUUAGUUGUAAUUAUUUCGAGUCAUUUUUUUAAAUUUAAAUUGUAUAUCAUGAAUCAAAUCAAAUUUAAUUUAAAUAUUUAAUUUAAUAUUUAUUUCUGCAUGAGUUUUUAUUUUAAUUAUUAUUAUAAAUUAUUUUAUUUGGUUUUAUUUGCAAUUGCUUAGCACGUAAAAGUUACGCUUUUUGAGCUUAAAACUUACGCACUACGCUUUUAUAAAAUUAUUGAUAUAUAUUUAUAUAUAUAUCAAUACGCGUAAUAUUUAUUUUGAAUAAAUAAGUACGCGCAUAAUUAUUUUUUCGUUCAUUUUAAAUUAUUUUAUUUUAUUAUUUUGCUGCACUCUAUUUACUUAACAAUUAAAA